CCCCUCGAGCCGCGUUGGCCGGGGCUGACCAUGGGGAGCCGCGUGUGGACUGAUGGUUUCUCGUCCGCGGCGUAUGUCUAAGGUGCGCUCGUCCCGGUAGUAGCUAAGCAGGUGUAUACCUCUCCAUCGGAGGUGCUGAUUGGCAAAACCGCCAAGUCCUUGGUCUGGAGCCAACACUUCUUUCAAGUUCUAUGGGGCUGAUAGAUCGGGUUCAGGACGUGGGUUGAGUAAUUAGUAAUAUGGGGGAUAAGAUUACCGUACUUCGUGGUCAAAUCGAAGAACUAAAACGAGGUUCUACGCCGGAAGAUGUUGUAAUGGCCGAGCAGCGGGAGGCUGCCUUGGAAGGGGAGGUGGCUCGGUUGAAGUCUGAGCUCGAGGAUGCUGAGCGGGAGCAAGGCAUGCUUCGAGAACAGCUCGCAGAGGCUCAAUGCCUAUCGAAGGAGUCUUGAUGGAGGGCGAGCUACUGGACCUAUUGCGGGGUUUGAGGAGGCCCGAGCGGAGAUGAAUAAGGCAGAGGAAGCCCUUGUUGAGGAGGUUAAGGCGACGCCUGAAAAGGGGAAGAAGAUUAUAUCAAAGUACAAGGAAUUAGUCGGUUUUCAACUCGAUCUGCAAAGAUCGGGCCAGGUUACUUAUGAAUACGGAUACCGAGUUGCUCUGGCUUGGUUCCGAGCUCGGUACCCCGAUCUGGCAAUCGAGGAAGAUCCUUUCACCAGCCUGCUCGAAGACGAGAAUGUUGCAAUGCCCGAUGAGGUGCCUUUUGAUGACAGCGUGGGCGAUCCCGAGGCCUAGGUCUAUCUUCACGUAUUUUUGGCGAUCGGUUGGAAGUUGUUAUGCUUUUGUUUGUCACGACCGAUCGGGCUAUGUAACUUUUUGCUUAUCAAUACAACUCUAUUCUCUGGAACAGAUUUUUCGUGUCACGUGGGGAUUCUUGGACCGACCCCAGGGGUUCCCGAGCUGAGAACACUUGUUAGACAUAGAACUUUAAAUUUGAUAUGUGUCAGGUCCUUGGUAACUGAUCUCCUUCUUGCAUUGUUAGGCGGUAAGUGUCAUCCCAAAAAACUUCAACUACUCGAUAGGGACCCUCCCAACUUGGGGCCAGCUUGCCCCGGGUGCAUGUCGGGUCACUGACCUCAGCCUUUCGUAAGACCAAGUUGCUAAGCUUGAUCGGUCGAGGGCACACCUUUCGGUUGUA